AUGGAGUUUACCUUCUACUACUAUACCCCCUCAGCAGCAGCCGGCGGCAUAUUCGCGGGUCUAUUCGGCGUCUGCACAAUCCUCCAUCUCUACCAACUCCUCCGAACAAGGACCUGGUUCAUGAUCCCGUUCAUGAUCGGCGCUGCCUUGGAAACCGUCGGCUACAUUGGCCGCGUCCUCUCCUCCGUCGAAGCCCCCGACUUUACCAAAGGCCCGUACGUGAUGCAGAGCGCUCUCAUCCUGAUUGCCCCUGCGUUCCUGGCGGCCAGUAUCUACAUGACGCUAGGCCGGAUCAUCGCCAUGCUUGAUGCAGAGAGAUGCUCGAUUAUCCCACUGCGCUUCCUAACAAAGCUCUUUGUUGCCGGAGACGUCCUGUCCUUCCUCAUGCAGGCUUCGGGCGCCGGAAUAAUGGUCAAAGACAACACAAGCGCCGACACAGGCGAGAAGAUAAUCAUCGGCGGCCUCUUCGUGCAGAUAAUCUUCUUCGCGUUCUUCGUGGUCACAGCGCUGAUCUUCGAGAUCCGAAUGGCGAGGCAGCGCGUCCUCGUCUCAUCUUCGCUGCGGAGUAUCUGGCGCAGACACAUGGUGGCGCUGUGCUUCACGAGCGUGCUGAUCCUCAUUCGCUCGGUGAUUCGCGUCGUCGAGUACCUUAUGGGAUAUGACUCGUAUAUGAUGAAGCAGGAGGUCUUUAUCUAUGUCUUUGAUGCGCUGUUGAUGUUCAUUGUUGUUUUUGCGCUGAAUUGGUCGCAUCCGAGUGAGGUUAAUUGUGCGCUUGGGAGGGCGGAGAAGUACUUUACGCGUGUUGUUGCUGUGCAUAAGUUUGCGACGCCAGCGAUGGAGAUGGAGGAGGGGAGAGGGUCGAGUCGGAAGUGA